AAGUUCAGUGAGUGGACAAAAUAAAAAAGAAGACGAAGAGUCAAGGGUGUGGGAGAGUUCGGAAACCAAAAAUUCAAAACUGAAGCCUCCGCGGGGAAAAAAGAAUCGUGGGAAGAUUUGUUGUAAUGGUUGACAGGCGCUGGAUUUUAUGUGAGAGCGGCGAGGAUCCAAACUUCAGGAAGGAGCACUACGAAUAUACCCAAAGCCAGCACCGUUAAAUCGCGAGAUAAACUCAAAAUUCCCUCCCCCCCCAAAGAAGAAGUCCAUUCAACUUGAUGCAAUUAUUUGUGCCAACGAUCUCAUUUGCAACCGCAAAAAUAAUCAAAACAUAACAAAACAAAAAUAAUUUCUCAAUUUCAAAAACAAAUAAAUAAAAAGCUCUACGAAAAAAUAAAAAACAAUUGAAACGCGUGCAUAAUUGCUAAUAUUUAAAAAGAGAAAUAAGAAUUCAGUGCUAUUUGUUUGUAUUUUUUAUUGUUUGGUUUUUUUUCGUGCUCCACAAAUGUGAAGAAGAGAC